CUUCUGCGGCUGGGGGGCUUCGGCUCCCGCCAUCAUGCCACGCAGUCCACGUGGAGAGCCGAGCUCGCGGCGCGAGGCUCUGAGCCUGUGUGACUAUUUCGAGAGUCAAAAUGUGGAUUUUCGAGGCAAGAAGGUGAUCGAACUGGGCGCGGGGACGGGCAUCGUGGGAAUCUUGGCGGCGCUGCAGGGGGGGGAUGUUACCAUCACUGAUUUGCCAGUGGCACUAGAGCAAAUCCAGGAUAACGUCCACGCCAAUGUGCCACCCGGAGGCCGGGCUCGGGUGUGCGCCUUGUCCUGGGGAAUUGACCAGCAUGUCUUUCCUGGAAACUAUGACUUGGUGCUGGGGGCGGAUAUCGUGUACCUGGAACCUACCUUCCCGCUACUGUUGGGGACUCUCCGACACCUGUGUGGGCCCCACGGCACCAUCUACCUGGCCUCCAAGAUGAGAGCAGAACACGGGGCAGAGACCUUCUUUCGGCGCCUCCUGCCCCAGCACUUCCACCUGGAGCUGGCCCAGCGGGAUGAGGAUGUGAAUGUCAACAUCUAUAGGGCCAGGCACAGGGAGGUGGCACCUGCCGGACAGCACCCCUUCUGUUGACCUAACUCUUGUCUCAGUGGAGGAAUGGCAUCCCUCCAGAGCCGCGAACACCAAGAGGAAAGAAAAGGAUGGAUCCCCCCCCCCAGUCCCCGUCUCCCAUCCCCCACCCCAUCCCCGUCU